AUGUCCUCGGCCGUAGCUGAGCUGGAGAAUUAUCUCCAGUCGAUGCUGGCCCUCAAGGCCCCAGGCGUAUCGGGCUCCAAAAUCCACAGCAUCACCACUCUGUGUACCGCCAACGUACAGAAUGAAUCCGUUCUUAUUCAGAAGAUCUACACACACUUCAAGAAGGCACCGGGCACCCACAAACUGGGAGUACUCUAUGUCGUAGACUCCGUAACCCGGCAAUGGGUAGAAGCUGCACGAAAGGCUGGUCAGCCCCCUGGGAGCUCUGCUCCUGAUGGAACCUUCGCCGCAGGCGUCAACCGUGUCACUGAACUCCUGCCUGUUCUAAUGGGCGAUAUCAUAAACACCGCUCCUCAAGAUCAAAAGGAAAAGAUCAAGAAGCUGAUCGACAUCUGGGAGCGCGGAUGCACAUUCCCAGCCCCAAUGCUCAACUCAUUUCGCGAGAAGCUGAAUGCUCCUCAGCAGCGUAAGUUUGCACCCCCUUUGCUUUCGCAUCCCGUAAUCAUGUCUGAUUUGUUUAUCCGCUACGCAGCUGUGGAAUCCACCACCCCCGAAGGAUCUCCCGCCCCGGGCCCCAAUCUUCUUGGAGGCGUAACCAUGCCAUCUCAACCUCCCAACGGUGGCGCCGCCCCGGAUACUUCGAGUAUCUUGAAGGCGCUGGCAGACAUGGCCAAGCAGAACACUGCGGCGCCCGCGGCCCCGGCCAUGGCAAACCCUCUUGCUGCGCUGAACCCUGCAGCAGCAAUUCCGCCCCCUGUCUCGUCCGCCGAUCCAUCCGCGAACCCAUAUGCAGCCGGUGCGAUGGCGAACCCAUUCGCUGCUUUUGGCCAGAACCCGACCAUGCCUCAGCCGCAAAGCCAAAGCCAGACGCCCAACCCACUCCCGUCGGCCCAGAACCCCUUGGCCGCCAUGCUCCCUGCAGGUACCGCCAUGCCACCCAUGGGAGAUGGCAAUGCUCUGUCCCAGCAGCUUCAGCUUCUGCAACUUUUGGCUGCGCAGGGUAUUCCCCAGGAUCAGUGGGGCACUGCCCUCCAAAUCAUCAGUAUGACCAACAGCAUGCCUGGUGGUGGUCCGAUCCCUGGCCAGAUGCCCGGCUUCCCUCCCAUGCCCGGUCAGGGUGCAGGUGGUUGGGGUCACGGCGAUGCUCAGGGUCAUAAUGAUCGCGACAGAGAGCGUGAUUACAACCGUUCCCCUCAGGGAUACCGCCGUCGCUCUCGUUCUCCCGGCUGGGACCGCCGUCGUGAUGCCUCUCCCCCUCGUCGUCGCAACAGCCCUGUUUACGAUGAAUACCAUGCGGACUCCCCAGGACGUCGGGGCGAUCCCCGCGAUGGUCGUGGUGGUCGUGGUGGCGGCCGUGGUGGCAGCGAUUACCGCCAGCGCAGCCCGGCUGGACGGAGACGCCGCUCCCCCUCACCCCAGCGCAAUAAGGACCCCAACCUUCCACCUCCCGGUCCUAAGCUCGUCGAGUGGGACUACUCAAUCGGACAAGGUAGCAUGAAGGUUCUUAGCCGAACUCUCUUCGUUGGCGGUGUCACCAUUCCGGAGGCUCAAUUGCGCGCACUCUUCAACAAGUUUGGCCUGGUUCAGACUUGUAUCGUAAACAUCGACAAGCGCCAUGCAUUCAUUAAGAUGAUCAGCCGUCCAGAUGCGAUCGCUGCCCGCGAUGGUAUGGAGUCAUACCGCCAAGGAGAGAUGCAGCUGCGAACCCGUUGGGGUGUCGGCUUCGGUCCCCGUGACUGCAGCGAUUACCAAACCGGUGUUAGCAUUAUUCCUAUCGACCGACUGACCGAGGCGGAUCGCAAAUGGAUGCUCAACGCCGAAUACGGUGGAACCGGAGGCCGGCCUAUCGAGCCUGGCAUGGUUGUUGAGGAGCCGGAUAUCGAAAUCGGUGCUGGUGUUUCUUCAAAGGCAAUCAGCCGACGCAUCGCGACCGACACUGGCGGCAAGCGAGGCCCUGUCUCCUCCCGCACCAACCCCAACCCUGACACCCGCUUUGGCGGUGGUGGAGGUGGUGGUGGUGGUGGCGGCGGCGGUGGCCGUCGCCAGGACCGUGAUGGUUUCGGUGGAGGUCAAUACGGAGGCCAGGGCGAGCAGGAUAUGUCAAACAUGAACAACCCCGCCGUUGCCCCUGCCGUCCCCGCCUACGGCUUCAAUUUUGCCAGUAUGCCCAUGCUGCCUCCCGGAUUCAUGAUGGGUGGUGCCCAAGCCGGCGGCAUGCCCACCACUCAACCUCCCCCACCGGGCCAGGGCAACUAA